CUGCAGCCGUAACCGUAACCAGGGCCAAGAAGAGGCAGCCAGCCAGCCAGUGAGGAUCCGCUGGCCCGCGUAUUUACGUGUUUGUAUCUCUCGUUCUCCCUCGACUGUCUGUCUCUCGCUGCGUCCUUUUUCCUUUUUGUCAAGGUUAAACGUCGCAUGAUGCAGGUCGGGCAGCGCGAGCAGGGCAGAGAUCCCUGUCGAUAGUCGGCGUGCUAGCGGUGCUGCCCAUAGCCUAUAUGUGCCUAUAGCCUCCUGUACAUCCCCUGCAAGUCCCUGUAGAAGCCUUCGUGCCCGUCUCUAUUGGCUGGCUGGGGGUUGGACGUUAAUAUGCGGCCCUGCACACGAAUAGGGCGCCACAUCUGCUGCAGCAAAAGAGAAGGUCGACGGUGAUGCUGACCUCGACGGGUACGACUGAGCCUUUUCAUCUAUAUCAAGCGCCGUCUGCUGUCUGUCUGCUGUCUGCCGUCCGCCUGGCUGUAGAAUUGCCCUCUGUAGCUGUCUAUCUCUCUGUCUGUCCGAAAGCUCCGUCGACUACAGGCACCCUUGCAGCGACCAACAGCCCCUUUCCGACCUGAAGAAAACCCCAGUCAGCAUAAAAUCUCUCCAGGCAGAGAAAUACUCAUCCGUCCUCGUCGUCAUCUUCAUCCUGCUUGUUUCCUGUCCUUCAUCUCGCGGGUCAACGGCCAAGGACCAGCCUUUUCGACUGCUUAAUAUCAGACUGUUUUAUUAAGAGCGAAAAAGAAAAACAACACAAAAAACAACCAACAACGCAAGACUUCAUACAGAAGCAAAUAAAAAGGACCAUCGCCCGCUCCAAAGCUGCGUCUCUGCGUCUCUGCGUCUCUGCGUCUUUGCUGUCGAGAUCAGUCCGUCCGCCGUACACGAGAGAGACCAGAAGUUGCAUCUACAGCUCUCGUACAUGCUCGCCGCCGCCACUCGCUGCUAAGAAACAAAGUCGCAGGCAGGCCUCAUGGUUUCCGCGCGGGACACGCCUUACACCGUGACCAACUCGUUCAAGAGAGGUCUACUCAUGAAAACCUAUGCGCGGCCGCUCCGGCGCGUGCUGUGCCCGGAGUCGCGUCCUGAUCCAGCGCUGAAGAAACGGCGGAUAACCAGCAUGCCAGCAGACGAAAACACCGCCAGCAUCACCAUCAGCAGCAGCAGCGUCAGCAGCACUGCCGGCGAGAAUGACGGGGACCGCCAUCUCCAGCCGCCCCUGGUGGGCGACAUGGGCAGCGAGAACAACCUCGUCUGUGCGAUUCGCGAGUCUUCCGCUGCGAUCCUGUCCAGUCCGUCGCGUCACACUUCCACGGCCGCCACGGUCUACUCAGAGGACAUCCCAGAGCUGGACGACGACCUGUCGACGCCGCCCAGCUCGCCGCCGCCGCGGGAGCACGAGGCCGAGCAGGUGAAGCUGAAGCUCGCCCUGACGCCGCCCCCCGCCAGCACCCGCAAGCCAACCUUUAGUUUCCUGAAACGCAAGCGGUCUGCGAACGAUACGCCGCUGACGGAGCUCGAGGUCAACGGGGGCAGUGCCAGCAUGCGGUCGAUGGAUCCCCCGGCGAAGAAGAAGCAGACUCAGGCUGCAUCGGAGUCAACACCAACUACCUCAACAUCAACAUCAACAUCAACUACUACUACUACUACUACUAACACAGCGUCUGCGCCAGCAACAGCGUCCCGGCCGGCCCUGAAACAAACAACACUCGACCUUGCUGUAGCGGCCAGCACGGUACGCAUAGAGUGCGACACAUGUGGCAUGCACUAUAUCCCCUCGUCAGAACUAGACCGCUCCAUACACCGCAGAUACCAUGACCACAACUCGGCGUAUUCAGGCGGCGUCGAGUUUGGCAAGUCGUUUGUCCGUGCAAAUGCCUCGCGCUGGGUAUACGAGGCCUCCCGCUUCGAGGAAGGAUACGUCGUCAUCGUGGACCGGAAGAGCUCGGCUGGAUCGAAAAGACACGCCAAACGUGUGCUCGAGAUAGCAAACCUCGACCUGGGCGCCGUCGACAUCGAUGACAGCGUCCUCUGGAGCAAGGUCGAGGCCAAACAGGGCGGCGAGGAAGUCGACCGGUUCAAGUUCUUCCUGCACAUGAAGGGCAGCAGAUGCGUUGGCCUCGCCCUGGCCGAACGCAUCUGGGAAGCCCACGGCAUCACCUCCAACCCGUCCAAGCUGAUCCCAAAGCGCCCUUCAAGCCUCAGCUGCGCUCUCUCCCUCACCAAGGAAACAUACCCCGUCCUCGUGGGCAUAUCUCGCAUCUGGACGUGCCGGGGUUCUCGUCGGAAGGGCAUAGCGCUCGACCUGCUCGACUGCGUGGUCAGCAACUACUUCUACGGCAUGGAGAUGGCCCGGACACAGGUUGCCUUCAGCCAGCCGACGGAGUGCGGCUCGGCCUUGAUGAGGACCUUUUACGGAGACAACGACUGGAGAAUCUACACUGGAAGCUGUUAA